AAUUUUAAUUUGUUUACUGAUACCAUUUAAUGCUGUUACAGAUUAUCCGAAUAAUCUAAGAUAAAAUUAGAAUCACAUUUUUAUUUCAAAAUUGCACAACAGAUAUAAAACGGAAUGUGGAAUUUUAUUGAAUUGUAUUAUUUCGUAUUCCGCCGAGAGAAAUACUACACCUUUUGAAAAAUGCUGUGGAUUUGGAUUUUGGGUUCAGUUUCCCUGGCGGCUGGACAUCGUUUCGAUUUUAUACGGGACAGUGAGGAUAUUGCUGAAGAUUGUCCAAAUAUGCCGGACACUAAGGGAAUUUUUGACAUAGUCGAUUUAACGGGACUUACAAUUGAAUUCAAUGAGGGCUAUGUUAGCUGUAGCGGUGAGGCUAAAAUGAUGUGGGAGGAUGUGGAGCCCACAGAUCGGAUUGCUGGCUAUGGCGAACUCUUCAAAUUCCAACGUGGCACUUGGCAGCCAACAACCUUCUUCGUGCGAGUUUUUAAUUUCUGUGAGCGUCAAUUUGAUAACAACUCAAUAUGGUAUGACAUAUGGACUCGUCACAUCCGCGAGGAGCACCGAAAAUGCAUAAAUCAUUAUGGACAUGUUUACCAUUACCAGCCAUUCGAUGUGGAAACUGUCAACGAUUUUCCCACCAACAUGGAGGGCCGUCACAAAAUCGUCAUCCACCUGGAUGCCUAUGAUAAACAGAAUGUUAAGCGUCGUAAUGCUGCUGUUUGUUUUCAAAUUUCUGGUGAAUUUAUUAAAGUGAAAUGAAACAGAGUAAAAAAAUAGGAAUAUGACAGAGAAAAUAAAUGAAUAACACAAAGCAACAGAAAAAAAAUAAA